AAACCAAGAAAUAAAAGAUAUCGCUGUUCAAAAUGUAAUAAAAAAUUUCGUACACGUGAAUUAUGUUUAUAUCAUAUACGUAUGUUUCAUCAGAAUAAUUGUAAAUCAUCAACAACAACAACAGUGGUAAAUAAUCUUGAUAAUAAUAAAUCAAUGAAAAAACGUAAUAUCAUCAAUGAAAAUAUGCAACCAUCAAAUGAUGGUAAUCAUCGUCGAGAUUUACCAUUAAAUCUACAAACGGCCAGCGAUGAUGAUCAACAACAGCCAGCAUUGUUUGAUGAUCCAACGAUUGAUAAUCAUGAUGAUAAUAGCAAUAAUGAUAAUAUCACCCAACAACAACAACA